CCGAAGAUCCCCAAAUCAAGCUUCAGAGUAAAAAAAAAAAAAAAAACGAUUAUGGCCUUCGGCGAUCGGAAGUAUCGCCAAAGCCCUAGGUCGCCGCUCCUCUCCCAGCAGAAGCACGAUGACUUCGACUUCUCCGGCGCCUCAUUCUCGGGCGCCGUCUUCAAUCUCUCCACAACCAUCGUCGGCGCCGGAAUCAUGGCCCUCCCCGCCACGCUCAAGCAGCUGGGGAUGGUUCCGGGUUUGAUCCUUAUCGUACUCGGGGCGGUGCUCACAGAGGCGUCGAUCAACAUGAUCUUGAGGUUCAGCAGGGCUUCCAAGGCCCUAUCAUAUUCGGGACUUGUCGGCGACGCGUUCGGAGGCACGGGCCGGAAUAUCUUGCAGUUCUGUAUCGUCAUUAACAACGUCGGUACCCUCGUCGUCUACAUGAUCAUUAUUGGUGAUGUGCUGUCAGGGACAUGGUCAGACGGAGUCCACUAUCCAGGUGUGAUUGAAGAAUGGUUUGGCCAACAAUGGUGGAUGAAGCGCUUCAUUAUACUACUAUUCUCAACCCUCCUUGUUUUUGCACCUCUUUUAUCAUUCAAGCGAGUGGAUUCCCUGCGAUAUACAUCAGCCUUAUCUGUGGGUUUGGCAGUUGUAUUUGUGGUGAUAAUAGCAGGGGUAGCUAUUGUUAAGUUGGCUAAUGGAAGCAUUGCAAUGCCACGUUUGUUACCUGAACUUGUUGAUCAGGCAUCUUUCUGGAAGCUUUUCACAACUAUUCCAAUACUAGUCACUGCCUAUAUCUGCCACCAUAAUAUUCACCCAAUACAGAAUGAACUAUCGGACCCCACCCAGAUGAAAUCAAUUGUCCGAACAUCAAUUAGAUUGUGCGUUAUUGUCUACAUGGCAACCAGCUUCUUUGGAUUUCUCCUGUUUGGAGAUCACACACUGGAUGAUGUACUUGCCAAUUUUGAUGCUGAUCUUGGGAUCCCGUAUAGCGCACUGAUUAAUGAUGUGGGACACCCAUGGGAUUGCAGUAAAGAAUGACAGACGGAUUUCAUUGGUUAUGAUACUUUUGGCUGUAUCUUCGAGCGCAGUAGCCAUCUGCAGUGAUAUUUACAGCAUUUUCAACAAUGACAAUGUAAAGACAAGUUAGUAACCAGUGGAUGAUUAUGUUUUUUGAUCUCUGACACUCCAGUUUUUUUGUGAAGAUAGGUACCAUUUUCACGUUUCAAAGAGGCUUCUAAUUAAUAGCUUCCACGUCUGAAGAAAAAUGUGCUAACUCUGGAUAGUCAUGGCUGGUGAGUCCCAAUUUACCGAGGAGCAGAAUUGUAUUUUUAUACAGUUGUUUCAAAUUUGUAUAUCUAAUGCUACUGAUUGAAAAUAAUCUUUAUAUCUAACCCUUUUGUAGUCAAAUAUGAGUUUUAGCUUUUAAACAGUA